UUCUUUUUUCUUUUUUAAUUAAUUAAUUAUUAUUAUUUUUUUUUUGUAAAUGGCUUCCUCUUCCUCUUCGUCUUCCCCACGCGCUGAUAUUUACACUGUAACGCAAGAGGAAUUCAACGUGUUCCACACGAUCGACAGAACUCUCUUCAGUCGCAUGGUGUUCACACUGGGCCGCGACCCGGAGGAGUCGGUUCGGGUCAUGGGCCUCUGGCUCUGGCUCGAACAGAACGGCGAAGAGUUCAAUUUAGUCUACAAAAUGCUGUCGUUACCCGACGCGUUGGUCGACGCUCUGUUCGACGAGGCUGUCUUGUCGUUAGCCUGUAUAGAAAACGACAAAUUCCCCUUCGAACCGGACACGUCGAUCGAUAUUCCACUCAUUCAACACGUUUCUAAAACCCCGGUUUCCCUCCGGUUCUUCCAUGAGAACCGGCUCGGGAUCCUCCGUGGCGUUACCAAGAUUUGUACUGAUAUUUGCUAUCGGGCGUUUAAGGACAUUCUCUACGCGCUUGAAACCCAGCGCGUACUUUCACGAGCCUCCGUGCCCGUUCCCGCGGUUCAUGGUGGCCGUGGAAGUUACUUUGCGGCGGCUCCGGCUAGUCCGCUUGUUGUUCCAGCUUUUGGAUUUGUGAAUGUGAGGGGAGAGAGUUCGCCGCCGUUUCCGCCGCCGUCGACUGCGGCGACGGCGAGUCAGAGUGCGAGAGUGGGUAACCGGAACGUGAUUUCGAAGAGUGAAAUGAGUGAUUUGUUCGGUCGUUUAAAGCUGAGGAGUGGGAAGGAAGAAGGGGAGGCGGUUCCGCCGGACGAGAGGACCAUUUUUCUGACGUUCUCCAAAGGAUACCCAAUCUCUGAGGAGGAAGUUAGAGACUAUUUUGGCAGAAGAUAUGGAGAUUUCAUAGAGAGCAUUCACAUGCAAGAGGCGCAGCCGCCGGAGCAGCCGCUGUACGCCCGGCUCGUCGUCAAAACGGAAUCCUCCAUCGACCUCGUCCUCGAAGGAAGGACCAAAGCUAAAUUUUCCAUUAACGGCAAGCACGUUUGGGCUCGAAAAUAUGUCCGUAAAGCCCCCAGGUCGCCGCACCGACCUUCACCACCGUCGACACGACCGCCGUCUCCGCCGCUGAUCGAUGGAGUUAGAGCUUUCAACUUCCCCCCACCGCCGCCUGCACCCUGAUGUUCUCCGGGAAGCCGGACGAUCUGUGCCGUUUGUGUGUUUGAUUAUACGAACUGUUUUUUUUUUUUCUAAAUAUAGUUAUGUAAGGAAUAAAUUAAAUGUAAUUACGUGUCUCCCAA